UCUUCUCAACUGUCACACAGUACUGAGGCGUUGAGGCAACAGGUGUUACUGCCUUAAGCAUUACAUGUGUAACUGUACAUAAAUUAAGAUUUUGAAGUCAUUCUGUGACGAGUUAAAACAAAGAUGCAGAGUUUCUAUGAAAACAAACGCGUAUUCAUUACCGGCGGAAGCGGUUUCCUGGGACGAGUAAUCAUCGAGAACUUGCUUCGCAAAACAGAGGUUAAAUGCAUAUAUAUGCUGAUCCGCGCCAAGCAUGGCACCACAAGUGAGGAGCGCAUCAAGAAAAUUCUUUCCGGACCGCUUUUCGGCAAAGUCAGAGAGCUAAAACCGCAGCUGCACACACUAAUUACACCGAUUAACGGCGAUUGCGCCCAAACGAAUUUGGGUAUCUCACCUGAGGACCGCGAAGUACUAACGACAAAUGUUGACAUCGUUAUCCAUAGCGCAGCCACUAUACGUUUCAAUGAACCGCUCUAUAAUGCACUCAUCCUGAAUGUCGGCGCCAUCAAAAGCGUAUUGGCUUUAGCGAAGGAAAUGUCGCAACUAAAGUCUUUCGUACACAUCUCAACCGCCUUCUCCAACUGCGUUUUGCCACAUAUAGAGGAAAAAUUCUAUCCGGAAAUCAUUGGUAUCACCGCUAAUAAAGCACUCAAAAUGGCCGAAUACUUGGGACCGGAGCUAACUAACAAUUUGGCUAAGGAUUUAUUGGGUAGCUUCCCAAACACUUAUACCUUCACGAAGGCGCUGGCCGAAGAGCUGAUUUUGAGUGAAGCCGGCACACUGCCGAUUUGUAUUUUCCGUCCGGCCAUCAUUACCUCCACAUAUGCAGAGCCCACACCCGGUUGGGUGGACAAUUACGCUGGCGCAACGGGUGCUUUAUAUGCUAUUGCUCAGGGAAUGUUGCGUGUCGUGUAUAUACACAGCAACAACCCAAGUUUGUUGGUGCCUGUGGACUUUUGUGCGAACACAAUUUUGGCCUGUGGCUAUAAAACUGCGCAACAAGAAACGAUCGAAAAAGAAAAAAGUGAACCCGUGAUCUACAAUUUUGUGCCAGAUGAAAGAAAUACAAUUCUUUGGGGAACUGUGGCUGAUGCCGGUGCAUUUUAUGCGAGAAAGUAUCCCUUCUCAAACACUAUAUGGUACCCCUUCAUUUUAAAAGUCCAAACGCAGAGACUCGAGACCAUUUUGGCAUUCCUCUUACACACCAUACCCGGCUACAUGCAGGAUAUGCUACUGCGUUUGCGUGGCGAGAAGACGCGAAUGGUACUUUUGAAUCAAAAGCAAGAACAGUUUCUACAAGUUUUAAGCUAUUUCAAAACAAAUGCGUGGACUCACGAUACUACGAAUACAAAGAACUUGUGGCAAUCUCUCACGCCUGCGGAGCAGUCAAAUUUCAAUUUCAACAUGUCCGGUGUAUGUUGGAAACAAUAUCUGAACGACAUUUUAUUCGGUUUGCAACGUUACUUAGUUGGGGAAGAUGAUGAAACUAUGUUGAAGGCGAAGAAGCGCUUAAGAAAGCUUCAAUUCAUUCACCGAUCAUUACUGGCUUUAAUAGUCACGGGUCUUACACUGUUCGUAUUUAUCGUGACAUUUUAUUGCUUGGAGCAGCGGUACUUGAAUACGAACUAUUUUAGUACAAUAAAAAUAUUUGUAAAGUAAUAAGUUAAGAGAAUCUGCUUCGGUAAUGUUUUCAAUGGAUAAUGGGUGCAAAACCGUAUUCCAGAAAUGAUGGAAACUUUUCGUCUCUAACUUGUGAAUAAAAAUCAAAUUUCUAAGCUUUAUUUUGAAGUAAAAA